GGGGUCAAAGCCAAGGAGCGAGGCGGGGCAGGGUUAGGUGGGGCACCCCGAAGUAGACCAGACAGGCUGGUGGAGCGCAGCGGUGGUUACUAGUGGUCCUCGUUCGGUUGCAGCCCGCACGGCUCUGGUCUCCGGUAUCACGGACAUGGCAGGACCACAAGAGGCUCUGAGCGGGAGGCUGCGGCUCUCUUUCGCUCCUGGUCCCCGAACCAGCUUUUUACUCCUCCGACUCAACGACUCAGCCCUGAGGGCGCUACAAGACUGUCAGAGAAUACAGGCCCAGCCUGUGAUCACCUUCCAAGGCAACCGAGGGUACUUGCGACUUCCUGGCCCUGGCUGUUCCUGCCUUUUCUCUUUCAUAGUGUCUCAAUGUGGAGCAGAUGGGCCAAGAGGUGGGCUGGACCUUGUGCGCCACCGCUUGGGCAGAUCUGGACCAGGACUGCUUCAGUGCUUAGGUCCUCUUCGAGAGCGAAUUACCAUCUGUUCUGCUGUAGAUUUUGUGCCAGUAUCAUCUUCACUUCGGGGACAUCAACAGGAUGAAGGUGCCGGGGAAACAGGGAGCCAGCACAGCAGUGGAUUGGAUACAAAACCUCAACCCCAGCUAGAAGAGGUGAGGCCAGGAGUGCUGGAUCCCCUAGACAACAAUCAAGAGGCACAGCCAGGAUCCUCCAGAGAUCAUCGGGCACAGUGGGGACCAGAGUUCCCACCCCACAAAGGGGCCAGAUCAGAGAUCCUCUUCAUCUUCCAGCCAGAGGCACUUGAACAUGUUUCCAACUUUGGCAGGCAGUAUGGAGCCAUCCACAAUGCUGAACAAUGUCAUGUCUAUGAGAAAGACUUUGAAGCAGAUUAUGCAGAAUAUCGGGCCCUACAUGCACGUGUUGGGGCUGUCAGCCGGAGAUUCAUGCAGUUGGGAAUGGAGAUCAAGAGAGUACAACGAGGCACGCCUGAACACAAGGUGCUGGAAGAUAAGAUAGUCCAAGAAUACAGAAAAUUCAGGAAGCGGUGUCCAGGUUACAAGGAAGAAAAACAGCGAUGUGAGUACCUGCACCAGAAGUUGUCACACAUCAAAAGCCUCAUUCUAGAAUUUGAGAAGAACAGAGACAGCUAAGGCUUGUCAAGAGGGCCCAAGUCCCUCUGGUGAGAUGCUGAUAAACAGGGUGGCUACGAAACAAAUGAUUUAGGCAUCGGAGUCUACUACUGAUCUCCUCACUUAAGGAAGGGGGGUGGGGGGUUGGAAGCAGGUGCUACUACAAAUCCUCAAGGGGUUUGGUUUCUAUUGUUACUAUGAUAUUUACUUGAUGCUAUCCAGAUUAUGUUGGCAUAGUGCCAUUCCUUCCCAGCUAUACCCAAGAACAUCAGUUUCUUCAUCCUCACCACCACUCUGAUAUCCCUGAUAAGUGGAGAUGAAGACCACCUCUAAGAAAAGAUACUGAGGGGACUUAAUGGUAAAAACUAAUUUUGUGAUACACCCUAAGAGACCAGAAUAACAGCUGCUUAGGAGUUGUUUACAACUCAUUUCCCCUCAAGUGUACUGAGGGCAGGGUUUGAAAACAGCCUAUGUGGAGAUAGUGGAAUGUUUAGUGAAUUUAAGAAACAUGGCUGUAAAACAAA